UGGUUCUGAAAGUUUGAAAGGAAUUAUUAGUAGUGAUAUUUUACAAUUAGUGAAUAUUAAGGUUAUGGAUCAGGAUUUUUGUGAAUCUAUUAAAGAACCUGGCUUGGCUUUUACUUUCGGCCUCUUCGAUGAUAUUCUAAGAUUUGGCAAUGAUAACAUUGCUGUUAAAGAUGUUAUUCCUCCUUUUUACCAUACAAUAAAUUGUAAACUUAUUGAAACAACAUUUUUUUCAGUUUGGCUUAAUGAUGCUGAUAAAGAUAUUAGAAGAAAUGGUUACUGGGAAGUUGAAUUAGAAAAAAUUGUUUUUUCUGGAGAAGUUGAGAUGGAUGAAACUGAUGCAGCAAUUGGUACCGGAACAUAA